CCUCCCGCCCGCACCGCCGCCCGCCCGGCCCAGGCGCCCGCUGGGUCUGUCCCCCGCCCCAGCCUUCCCGGCGGCUCUCGGCAGGCGGUCGCCCGCGCCCCGGUGGAUGUGGCUGGCAGCCGCCGCCCCCUCCCUCGCUCGCCGCCUGCUCCUCCUCGGCCCUCCGCCUCCUCCCCUCCUUCUCCUCCUCAGCCGCUCCUCUCGCCGCCGCCGCCUCCACAGCCUGGGCCUCGCCGCGAUGCCGGAGAAGCGGCCCUUCGAGCGGCUGCCCGCCGAGGUGUCGCCCAUCAACUAUAGCCUCUGCCUCAAGCCCGACUUGCUGGACUUCACCUUCGAGGGCAAGCUGGAGGCCGCCGCCCAGGUAAGGCAGGCAACCAAUCAGAUUGUGAUGAAUUGUGCUGAUAUUGACAUUAUUACAGCUUCAUAUGCACCAGAAGGAGAUGAAGAAAUCCAUGCUACAGGAUUUAACUAUCAGAAUGAAGAUGAGAAAGUUACCCUGUCUUUUCCUAGUACUCUACAGACAGGUACAGGAACCUUAAAGAUAGAUUUUGUUGGAGAACUGAAUGACAAAAUGAAAGGUUUCUAUAGAAGUAAAUAUACCACCCCUACUGGAGAGGUGCGCUAUGCUGCUGUCACACAGUUUGAGGCUACUGAUGCCCGGAGAGCUUUUCCUUGUUGGGAUGAGCCUGCUAUCAAAGCAACUUUUGAUAUCUCGCUUGUUGUUCCUAAAGACAGAGUUGCUUUAUCAAACAUGAAUGUAAUUGACCGGAAACCAUAUCCUGAUGAUGAAAAUUUAGUAGAAGUGAAGUUUGCCCGCACACCUGUUAUGUCUACGUAUCUGGUGGCAUUUGUUGUGGGUGAAUAUGACUUUGUAGAAACAAGGUCAAAAGAUGGUGUGUGUGUCCGUGUUUACACCCCUGUUGGCAAAGCAGAGCAAGGAAAAUUUGCGCUAGAGGUUGCUGCUAAAACCUUGCCUUUUUAUAAAGACUACUUCAAUGUUCCUUAUCCUCUACCUAAAAUUGAUCUCAUUGCUAUUGCUGACUUUGCAGCUGGUGCCAUGGAGAACUGGGGCCUUGUUACUUAUAGGGAGACUGCGUUGCUUAUUGAUCCAAAAAACUCCUGUUCUUCAUCACGCCAGUGGGUUGCUCUGGUUGUGGGACAUGAACUCGCCCAUCAAUGGUUUGGAAAUCUUGUUACUAUGGAAUGGUGGACUCAUCUGUGGUUGAACGAAGGCUUUGCGUCCUGGAUUGAGUAUCUUUGUGUAGACCACUGCUUUCCCGAGUAUGAUAUCUGGACGCAGUUUGUUUCUGCAGACUAUACUCGUGCCCAGGAACUUGACGCCUUAGAUAACAGCCAUCCUAUUGAAGUCAGUGUGGGCCAUCCAUCUGAGGUUGAUGAGAUAUUUGAUGCUAUAUCGUAUAGCAAAGGUGCAUCUGUUAUCCGAAUGCUGCAUGACUACAUCGGUGAUAAGGACUUUAAAAAAGGAAUGAACAUGUAUUUAACCAAGUUUCAGCAAAAGAAUGCUGCCACAGAGGAUCUCUGGGAAAGUUUGGAAAAUGCCAGUGGUAAACCCAUAGCAGCUGUGAUGAAUACCUGGACCAAACAAAUGGGAUUCCCUCUCAUUUAUGUGGAAGCUGAACAGGUAGACGAUGACAGAGUGCUGAGGCUGUCUCAAAAGAAGUUCUGUGCCAGUGGACCAUAUGUUGGUGAAGACUGUCCUCAGUGGAUGGUUCCUAUCACAAUCUCAACUAGUGAAGACCCCAACCAAGCUAAACUAAAAAUACUAAUGGAGAAGCCAGAGAUGAAUGUAGUUUUGAAAAAUGUCAAACCAGACCAGUGGGUAAAGUUAAACCUGGGAACAGUUGGGUUUUAUCGGACCCAGUACAGCUCUGCCAUGCUGGAAAGUUUAUUACCAGGCAUCCGUGACCUUUCUCUGCCUCCAGUGGAUCGACUUGGAUUACAGAAUGACCUCUUUUCUCUGGCUCGAGCUGGAAUCAUUAGCACUGUAGAGGUUCUAAAAGUCAUGGAGGCUUUUGUGAAUGAGCCCAAUUAUACUGUAUGGAGCGACCUGAGCUGUAACCUGGGGAUUCUUUCAACUCUCUUGUCCCACACAGACUUCUAUGAGGAAAUCCAGGAGUUUGUGAAAGAUGUCUUUUCACCUAUAGGAGAGAGACUGGGCUGGGACCCCAAGCCUGGAGAAGGUCACCUAGAUGCACUCCUGAGGGGCUUGGUGCUGGGCAAACUGGGAAAAGCAGGUCAUAAGGCAACUUUGGAAGAAGCCCGUCGUCGUUUUAAGGAGCAUGUGGAAGGAAAACAAAUUCUCUCUGCCGAUCUAAGAAGUCCUGUCUAUCUUACUGUUUUAAAGCAUGGUGAUGGCACCACCUUAGAUGUUAUGCUAAAGCUUCACAAACAAGCUGAUAUGCAAGAAGAAAAAAACCGAAUUGAAAGAGUUCUUGGUGCUACUCUUUCACCUGAACUGAUUCAGAAAGUCCUCACUUUUGCACUUUCAGAAGAGGUACGUCCACAGGACACUGUGUCAGUAAUUGGUGGAGUAGCUGGAGGCAGCAAACAAGGGAGGAAAGCUGCUUGGAAAUUCAUAAAGGACAACUGGGAAGAGCUUUACAAUCGAUACCAGGGAGGAUUUUUAAUUUCCAGACUAAUAAAGCUGUCAGUUGAGGGAUUUGCAGUUGAUAAAAUGGCUGGAGAAGUUAAGGCUUUCUUCGAGAGUCACCCAGCUCCUUCAGCUGAGCGUACCAUCCAGCAGUGUUGUGAAAAUAUCUUGCUGAAUGCUGCUUGGCUAAAGCGGGAUGCUGAGAGCAUUCACCAGUAUCUCCUUCAGCGGAAAGCCUCCCCACCCUCAGUGUGAAGCCUCAGCACCAAGGUCUUACUGCCUCUCUGCAGGGAUGAGGUGGAGCUACCAAACAGCUGAUUCACAUGCCAAGAAUUUGGAGUCUUAGACCAGUGGGGGUUGGACAAUGAAUGUAGUUAACUGGUUCCUACUCACACUCCAGAAUUAAAUUCUAUUGAAAAAGGAAAAUCAACAAUUCAGCAAAAACAAAAUAAAAAAUAAAAAAAUAAAAUAAAAAUGUAAAUAUGAUAGUAAUAAACUAGAGCAUAACGAAACUGUGAAACUUCCUGAAGCCUGUCAUGGUUCAAAGUAUUGGACUCUCCUGUUAGUGACAGAUGUUGUUUUAAAACCUACCAAAAGGAAAGAAUGGCUUUUGGGGAAAGAUUUUUGUGAAGUGGGUUCUACAUGCAGCCUGACAAGCCGGGUAUGUCCACUGCUGGGAUCCUGACAGAAGGUCGAUCCUGGCUCACAUAAUGGAGUCUGUGCAUAAUUCCAAGUGGGUUGGGUUUUUUGUUGUUGUUGUUGUUUUUCCUUUCUGGCAUGGGGACUGAGCAGGAAGGUAUCUUUUCCUGCAUAACUCAAUCUAAACCAAGGGUUGUAGUUCCUCCUUGCCUCCCUUCUGUGUGAUUCCCUCCCCUCCCCCGCAAAAAAAAAGUAAUGAAAAGUUUUUAAAAAGUAAAACAACCCCCCACAACCUCCAUCCGGGGUUCUUCUCCCUUAGUUCAGCCCCAGCCCUGACCCUGUCCUUACUAGAGAUGAUGAGGAACAUCUUUGACAGCCACAUUAAAUAAGAAGAGCUGAUAAUACUUGUUUUUCUUUUUUAAGAUAACUCUUAAAAACCCUGAAAUGCAUAACAGGUAAGAGAUUAGAAAUAAAGAUUAUCAGCCAGGCCUUUUGCUGGAGUGAUUCUGCUCAAAACGGUCCCAAUUACCUGACAGGCCAAAUGCCACACCUUUUCCGAACAGUAUCAGUGAGCGCUGGCUCACCAGCCUGUGCAUAUGAGGAGCCAGUGGGGACUGCUGCGUGGCCCAGACGUCCGCUCACCGUCGCUUCACCAGUGUGCCCACUAACGAGCCUCGCCACCUAACCCAACGUGUUUUUACUAAGUCUUAGCCUCUUCCUCUUUCCCUUUUUUUCUCUUUAUUUUUUUCUGAAUCUUUCUUUUUUUGUGUGUGUGUUAACAGAAAUUCAUAUUUGGUGUGGCUUAAUGUAUUUCAGAAGGUCGUCAGAUUGUGAGACUGCUUCCUUGGAACAUUUUUGUGCUAUUGUUUUAAAUAAUAAUUAAAAAACUGUUGGCGUUAAUAAAAAUGUCAAUGUGAA